CGUCCCUCGUGUCGCUCGCACGUAUGGCGCGCUAUGGAACGCGCGGGCGAUUUUCGAAUUUUUUUAACUGUAUUUUGCUAUCCGUAUGUAAGGUUUUAAAAUAAAAUCGAAAUUGAAUAUACAAGCCGACCGUACGUUCCAAAAAACGCUAAGUCAAUUAUGCGCGAGUAAGUGCAAAUAUAAAUCCAUACAUAUCAAAAUAGUUAUAAAAAACAACAUUACAAACAGUGUCAUGUGAGAGUUACUGAUGACUGAAAUAAGCAAUGGAUUUGGUUUUAGUGGAGAGAGUGGUGUGCAAGGAGUGGGGUUGAGGACAUUUUGCGUGGUGUCGAUGCGCGGGUUGUUAUGGCGCGUUCUGGGGAUGGUUUUGGUGGGGGUGGUUGUGGUGGGGGCGAGCGAGUUCCCAGAGAGGGAGUGCUGCGAUCCGGUGUACCCCCCGAAUACGGCGACCACGGCAGCGGCGCCUGUCACGCAUCCCGUCAGCAAGGUCUCAGGGCCGGGUAUAAAAGGGACGAUGGCGAUCCUGAACUGUCUCCUCGCGAGGCAGCUCUGCUUCGAAGAUGCCUCCUGCUCCGCCAUCUUGGAGAUCAUCCCGCGCGUCUGUGGCUCUGAACUUGUGGCUUGCUCUACGGUGACGGUGACUAAGUGUCAGGCUGCGCUGCGUACGCUCCAAGCGUUCCCGUUCUUUAAGCCGACGUGCCUCUGUCGGGAACCGAACGUGGACCCCGAGUGCAAUUCGUUCCGCGACUUCCUGUUCGACCAUCCCUGCGUAUUCGUCAUGAAGAAGGAAAAGGACCCGUACCCCGUGGAGACCCUGCCUACCUGCACGUACGCGCUCAGCGUUUGUCACAACGAGAAGGCUUGCUCGGUGCUGUUCGAACGGUUCAAGAACGCUUGCAAGGCGCGCGAAGGCGAAUGCCGUAUGGAAGACAGGGAGGCCUGUCGCGAGGCCUGGGCCGGCCUUCGCCUGUCUCCGCUAUUCGGCUGCAUUUGCCCCAACACCCACAUGAAGAAGCGCUGCGACCGGAUCUUCGCCGUCGUCAACCACAACCCCUGCGUCGUAAAGCUGAUGUCGGACGGACGGACGGCCAGUCGGAACGGCACUGGAGUCGGGGUGACGUCAUGGAUCGGCGGUAUGUCCAUAACGCAGGACGGCAACCUUAUCGCCCCGGACAAAAUUAUGACGCACGUCCAUCGAUACGCGAGUCCGCACUACAGGCCGCACGGCCAUCACUACCACCGGUGGACCCACGAACCGGGGGGGAGCGAAGACCCGCUAUACGCGACCAAGACUGUCUACGGGCCCGGAUACAUUGAUGACAACCAGAGGAUUGCCAAAGAGAACGGUAAAGCAGGUGACGACAAGGUGGCGCUGCAGUCGACCUGCCAUUCGGCGCUGGACACGUGCAUCAAGGAUAAGGAGUGCGUGACGUCACUUACCCCCGUGCUCCAGAAGUGCCACUCCACGGACUGCGAUCGUGAGGGUUGCAUGACAGCACUGCGAGGGUUUUACAGGAAGCCCGGCGUGCCGUGGAACACCGAAAUCGCGUUUUGCCUCUGCAAGAAAACGGACAACAAAGAAGACUCAUGUAUGAACGCUCAAGAGAGGCUGCACCCCUCCUGUGCGCAGCGCCCCCCCGUCGGCUCCCCCCUCCCCGCCUGCCACACCCUCGCACACGCCUGCCGCGAAGAACCAGAAUGCAGGAUCCGUCUGGAGAACUACGAGCAGUGGUGUGCAGUGGACGCAGUGACGCAAGGCUGUGCUGGAUCGCCGGCUUCAUGCCGCGCAGCUGUGGUUGCUGUACUGGGCACGCAGCUGCGAGCAGCCUGCGCUUGCAGAGGCACCGACUUCGCACAGCUGUACGACUGCCUCGGCUGGCAGAGGCUUCUGUGGCUCAACCCUUGCGUUGUGGAAUCCCAAAGCGACUACCAUGUGAAAACCUACGGCUCGUUGCUGACCACCACGCCAUACGACAACGGCAUCCGAUACAUCACCGUCCCGCCGGAGCCCGCCGUGCACCACCGCACCACCACGCACCACCAUCGGCACACCACGCAACAUGGCACCUCGCAAGUUGAUGUCAUGCAGGAAAACCGCGAAGAGUUAAGCCCAAUAACAACAAUGUCGGAACAGACGGUCAAACCGAAUGAGAUCGCUCAAAUAUCCGAGCCCGUGAUCGAAACGAGCACUGAAACAACAACAGUCGCGACCACCACCACUACGACAACAACCAGCACAACAACAACGACGACUACGACGACGACAACAACACCGCGGCCAACAACAACACUGGAGCCCGCGAAGUACUGUAUCGUGAAGAAGCCUGAAAGCGAUGACCAAGCACAGUACAUCAAGAUGGGAGAAACGAGACGACUCUACCGAUCAGCAGAACUGGCGGAGUGCACAGACCUGUGCGUGUGCGAGGUGUCGCUGCAGGUUUCGUGCAAGGUGGCCUGUGUUCCCCGCGCUCCUUGCUCCUCUCGGCUUGCGCACUAUUCACACGCCGCGCCCGCGUACCAGGCGUACCGUGGACGAUGCUACUGCUACUCCGGAUCAUUCAUCUGUAUGAGGCCUAACCCUGGAGAAUACAAGCUACCAGAGGGAGUAUAUCUACUGCUCGGCUUCAGCGCAGUGGAUGAAGCAUUGCUGCGUCCUCACACGGGACUGGGCGCUGAGGAUGCUGUGCGAAUACUGCAGCAGUACUUGCAUGUUGUGCAUCACGGGGAGUCGAAUUGCACGCUCACGCUCUUUAACAUCAGCAACGAGAACGUGAUCAUAUCCGCAAGCGUGCCACCAAAGGAACAAGAAGCGCUCAAAGAAGCAGGUGAAGGUCUACUGGACAAAGAAAAGGAGGCGUGUAUCGACGUUCUCAAAGUUGUCAAGACUCGUAUCAAUUCGCAACACGAAGAUAUCUCCUCCCAUCUGCUUCUCUCAAUAUUCAAAAUAGCUGAAGUUGACGUCGUCUACCCCACACCGCCUAGCUCCGCGAUCACUUCUAACAGACCUGACAUCAAACUGUACAUCAUUAUCUCUCUUAUUACUCUCAUCUAUUAUUUCCAAGAAUUUUUUGCUUUCUUCUCUUUAUUUCUAAAUAUCGCUACUUUGAAAAAAAACAUCGUCAAUUUCUUAUCGAAUUUAUCCGAUAUCAAAGACCACGGAAGCGCGGUACGUGAAUCAACAUCAUCAAAUUCGUUAGAGAUCGUUCUUUUCACAAAUAGAUUUAUUGUAAAAGAUUUUGUAUCUAUUUUAAAAUGUUACGAAGAAUUUAUUGAAUAUUAUAAUGUAGUUGUUGUAAAUUGUAUUGAUACUUCGCACAAUGCACUCGCUUUAGGUAACGCACGAACAACACAGAUCACCGGAGACGUAGACGUAAGUGUAUUAGAUGUAAAUAAUUAUAAGGAAACGAAACAUAUCAUAAAAGCUGUGAGUACUACAAUAUAUACUAAUUUAAAAGAACUUGUUGCUAAUGCAAUUAUACCUAAAUAUUUUUCUAGAGAUGUGUAUUACGAAAUUGGAUGUACUAUUAUUAUUAAUUCGGAGAAGCUUUAUGGUGAUUUCUGUUUUGAAAAAAUCGCGUCCUCUUCUUAUGGGAUCGUUAAAUCCGUUAGCUUAGGACUAACUCUAGUAGUAGUGUGAAGACUGAGAUGAUAACUAAACAUAUCAUAGUUAAGUGUAUUUCGUUUAAUUUUCGACUUAGAACUGGUGCUUGUAGGUCGAUCUUAAAGGCUGGGUUUUGUAAAUAAAUGUACUACGCCCUUUACACUAUUAGAAACUUUUUCGUGUCUUAUUUGUUACUCUAUAGAUAGCUGAUGUAGCUUCUUUCCCUUGAUCCCUACUUCAUUAUCUGUUACUUGAAUUUUUCGCCCUUCAUAAGUGUUCUUACUUAAUCUUUUGGUGUUAUAUGUUUUUUAAUACUGGGUUUAAUUGAGCAGAUAUUAAUUGUCUGUAUUAAUAAUAUCGAACUUCUUGAAUAGGAGUAGUAUGUUGUAGAAAAUGCGCCUUUCUGUUAGAUAAGUGUAACUAGAAGUUAUUUAUCAUCAAUGUGAGUGCACUUUUAGGACAGAUGGACGGGCAAACUUAGCAGCAGUUAAUAAAGAAAUCAAUUCAGAAUAUAAUCUUACGGAAUUCCAUUAUUUACUUAUUAAUUAAAUAUUAUAUUUGUUAAUUAAAUACUCUAAACGAAUAAACAGUUUAUUAAAUUCAUUGAUAGAGUAUUGCAAAAAGACGAAAUGAAGUUAAAUCGCAGACUGAGACAAAGUACACUAGGUACAGAACUUAUUUACUGUGAAUAAAAUUAAUUAAUUUUGAGUACCUACUUAAUUUUCUUAUCUACAAUUAUAACAUAGUCGUAAAUGUGACGACGUGGUAUCAAACCAAUCAAAAGUAAUCAAUUAUAAUAGUGCAGAUGAUAUAGAGAAACAAAUUAUUAUGACAUGGGCUUGGGAUGCACAGAAAUACAGAUUACAUAACAAUAAUGAUGUCACAACUGCUAGUGGAAGAAUACGUGAAGUAGAAGAAAGCUAAAGAAGUAAUGGAUGGUAUGUGAAAGUCUGUAAAAGAUAUAGAUAUGAUAGAAGUGAAUGGAAGAGUGUGACAUGUUGUGCAGAACCCACAUAGAUUGAAGAUGGUAUAGGAUCUACUAGACGUGUUAAGUCAAUGAGGAUCUCUAGUCAGACAUAAUGGACUAAAAUUUUGUUGUAAAAUAGCAAAACUUGAAAUUGUUUAAUCAAAGUAAAGCUAUAUUUUGCCCGUCACACUAACAUAAGUAGACAACACUUAGACAAAAAAUGUAUAUCAGGUACAUAACUUUGUAAUGCGUUGUUGGUAAAUAAAGAAGCUUUAAUUUGAAGUAGACAUAGAGUCUUGUGUUCUUAAAAGAGUUUUAACAAUGUUAGUGACAUCUUUAUAGGACAUGUACAAUAUCUAAAAACUAAAUAACUGUUUCAUGUACAAACUCUAUUAGAUCCUAAUAAUGCUACUCUUUUGUUGCAGCUCUCAUUUCAUACUCUAAGUCUUAAUGUAUUUAAAUUUUAAGUUUUAUUUGUGCAGAACGAUCUGACGCAUGAUCUUUAAACGCCAUAUUAGCUGUGUGUCUAGUGGGAGUUUUCAAUAUUUUUAUCUUUGACACCUAAGAUUUUUAUACUGUUACUAUCACGUUGACGUUUACGCAAAUUUAUAUGGAAUUGAAACAGUUGUGCAAUAGUGCCACUAGAUGGCGCUGUUUCAAUUCCUUAGAAAUUCGCGUUUACGUUACGUGACGGUGACAGUAUCAAACUGCCACUAGGCCCUCUGAUUAAAUAAAAGUUCAAGUAAUAUAUUGCUUAUUAUUGCUGAUCAGCAAAAUUGACAUUCUAAAUUUGAAAUAGAUUUGCGCAUUUUCAUUUCCAGAAAAUAUUUUGCUUGUGCUACCUAUAUAAAAAAGUGUGUGUCAGAUCCGACGCUCGAAUAGUUUACUCUUUCAGAUCGACUGUCUAAAUAGGUGUAUGUUGCCCCGCAGCAAUCACUAUGACGUCUCAAUAUUUACGCCUGAAAAGUGAAAGGUGCGCAACCGAGGAGCAGCAGGCCACGGCGUACACGCCCACUAACACAGCGUACACGCUGUUGACGGCGGCGCACGUUGAAAGGUGCGCAGAAUAGAUUGCGCACAAAAAACGUAACGCGGUCAUUCGUUCAUCGAAUUUAACUGCCCAUAUUUUUUUCAUACCGGGGGCUAUAUACAAAAAAUCGAUUCUUAAGGAGUAAACUCCAAUAAACUCCAAAACUAUGAUAAAAUAAAUUUAUAUAGGCUUCUUACCUUGACUCCUGCUGACCUUUUGAGUUUUGGUCCAUGUCUUUUAUAUCAAAACUCUCAAAAACUAUAACAAAAAUGUUUUUUGUUACAGUUUUAUAAAUCAUAGGAGUUUAUUACAUCCUAAACUAAACAUCAGAAUGUUGUUAAAUUUUAACUUUUUAAUUUAUUGUGACUUAAACUGUUUCAUAUUUAAAUAAUGCCUUAAAUGUAACUUACUGUCUGUUAUUAUGUUAUCUAUAAUAAUUAUUGAAGCCUUCUCUGUACGUUUUAAAACAAUAUGAGACAUCAUAUUUGUAAUUCAUAUAAAAAAUGUACGUCUGUCAUGAUGGUCUCUUGAAAAUUGGCUAGUUAUAAAAUAGAUCAAUGUUUAAAAGGUAGGUGUUUUUGUUGACAGCUGUGCCUACAUAUAACUCGUGCAGAUUAACUUGACACCUGGCUACUAAACACAACCAAACACAGUACAAACAUCAUUCGAUUCAGGUGUCAAGUUAAUAUGCGUGAACUGUACGUAUUAUGCGGAUCGGCAUGUUCUUAAAUGAGAGGUAAAUGAAAGUGGAUAAAUAUUAAACCCUCAUAUAACCGUCUUAUAAAUACUGCUAAGUUGGCAACCCACAGAUUAAAGAAUAAUUGGCAGAUAGAGCGUACAGAACACGUCAGGGAAGCAGCCAUUCCAAAUAUAAAUUCAAAAACGAAUACAUUCUCGAGUCAAUACGACACGAAGCGUCGCACCAAUAAUUUUACAUAUUAUGCUAAUUCUAUAUCACGCUCUGAGUUCUGAUGACAUGACUAGCUAAGAAGCGUCAUUACAAAUCCAAUAUGGCGGCCUCUCAAAAUGGCAGACUGACUGUUUGAAAUCCACCCCCAUGAUAUGGAUAUCAAAUUAAAGGGUUUGCUGUCAGGAAUACGAAAAAAAUUGUCACGUGACUUAAAUCCAAUAUUUGUGUUUUUUUUUAUUCUUUACAAGAUCCCUUGACUACAAUCUCACCUGAUGGUAAGUGAUGAUGCAAGUAGGUAGGAGGAGGAUGAAAAUCCGCACUCCUUUCGGUUUCUAUACGGCAUCGUACCGGAACGCUAAAUCGCUUGGCGGUACGUCUUUUGGGUGGUAACUAACCACGGCGGAAGCCUCCCACCAGCCAGACCUAGACCAAUUAAGAAAAUCUCAAUCGCUGGGGAUCGAACCCAGGACCUCUGUCUUGUAAUUCACCGCGCUUACCACUGCUCCACGGAGGCCGUCUAAAUAAUUAAUUAUUAAAUAAUCAAAGUAAUUAUUAGUUCGUGCUAAAAGCCUGUUUUUUAGUGUUUUUAACUAUUUAAAGUUAUUUUUUAUGGGUUUCACCGACCACACAACGCUGCUUGUAUUGACUCAUACUGUAUUCUGUGUGCCAAUCAUGAAAAUCGAAAACCCCGUACGUACCUGUACGUAUGUAUAACUCCUUCGAAUAGAUUUUGUAGUAGUCACAUAAUAAGAAACGACUAACCGUUUCUGCCGAUCUGCACAAUACGUGUGAUGCUCUCCUCAAUGCUUAUUAAAUUAAUUACUAAGCGAUCUUUACUUUGGUUAAUAUAUAUUUUCUUAUAGCAAAUUUGUAAAUGUAAUAAAAGUGUCACUGUUACCACGAUCUAGCGAAAUUGAUCUAACGAUACAUAUCAAUAAAGCUCAAUUUUAUACUUAUAUGUAUUUCUAGCGUUAGAUGUUGCAAAGCAAAGUGUCGUAACUUAGGAAAUAGAAAAAAUGGUACUUAGAUAUUUAUAAUUAUAUUUAAAAAUAUAUAAAAAUAGGUACAAUGUUUCUAAAUUUGAAUGUUCUUAUUUGUUUUAGAUGUUUAUUAACUUCCUUGUUAUUUUAUAUGAAAAUUCUUAUAUACGAAUUUUAUUUAUUGUAAUAUUGUUUUUUAUGCAGAGGUAUUUUUUAAAUUAAAUAUACUUAUUAAUCAAUAUGCACGCCUCAUGCCUUCCAUGUAAAUAGAAAAAUAUAGUGAUAAACAAUAUUUACGGACACUGAAAUCUGAAAAUAUUUAAUUUAAAUAAACUUUUAAAAAAUGUUAAAUUAUUUACACGAUGCACUGCACUUUAUAUAAAUCAAUUUAGAUAUUUAUUAUAACAAAGUAUUAAAAGACGUAAAAUUCUUCACAGUGAAAUAAUAAGCAUAUCUAUUAAUAUGUUAUUAUACAGGGUGGCCGGAGAGCUGACGUUCAAAGAUAAACUUUGGAUGCUUUGUAACGAGGAGUAUCCGAAUCAACCCCAUGUAUAUUCUACGAUAUUGCUUAGUUUAGGAGAUUUAUUAUUAUAUUAUUUUAUUGCAAUUGUAUUGAUGAGCAUUAAGUGCGUGCAAUUAUUUAACUGUCCUUGAGUUAUUUAUUACAGAAGGCCUACUGGUCACAUGGUCCGCACGGUCAACCUUAAAAUGUUGUUAUUUUUCUUUCACUCAUACAAUACAGGUCGUAUUAUCAUGCUGUAAAUUAUGUCGUAAUUUUUAGGGUGGUACUCCUGAGUAUGGUUCUUAUUGUUAUCUACAAACCCAACGAAAAAUGCUAAAUACAACCCCAAUGAAAAAAUCAUAAAAAAAAUCUAUCUCCUAAACUAAGCAAAAUCGUAGAAUAUACAUGGGGGUGAUUCGGAUAGUCGUCGUUACAAGGCAUCCAAAUUUUAGCUUUGAACGUCAACUCCCCGGCCACCCUGUACAUUAAAAUACGCACAUCAUAAUUCGACAACGAUGUAAUCUACAACAAUAUUUAAUAAAUAAAAAAACAAAUUGCAAUCUUUGAAGCUUAAGACUUAAAGAAUGGCUAAAGAGCUUAAUCUAAAAAUCACCACACUUACAAUAUAUUAUUUUUAAAAAUCUAUCUAUAUUAUGUACCUGUAACAGGUAUUUUACGAAGAGUAAAAUAAUGAUGUGAUCUGUUAAUCCGGAUACCAAGUCCCAGAUUCCUAAAAAAAAAAUACUUAAUUUUAUUCAAAAUUAAGACUUAUUGUGCUUAAACUCUAUUCGCCACAUGUAAUUAAUACAUAGUUAUGAUAAUUUAAAAAAGAUCUUACCUACUUUUAGAAAAAAAAGUUUGAAGAUUAAAACAAACACAAUCACGUUAAUUUAUAAAAUACGCUUUUUGAUUUAAUUAUGAAAUUUGUGAAAUGAAGAUUUAAAUUAAUAAAAUGUCCCUUUUAAUUGCCGAUAAAUUCGGCAGCUUUAUUACUUUUUUAUUUUAAUAUAAGCAUAAUAUUCAAGCAAUUUUUCAUAUCUCAAAAAUAACUAAAUAAUAAUAUAGUCAUGUUUUAUUUUAAUAUAAAUAAAUCAAAUCCAAAAUAUUAUUGUAUCUGUGAAUUUUUAAUGCUAUAUUAUAUAACUUUUUAUGUGUUAUAUCUUAAAAUAUUUUAGUCCGCGCUGUUAAAAUACAUAUUGCAAAAUAUUACAUACUAGCGGACGCCCGCGACUUCGUCCGCGUAAAAAUUGAUGUAAACUUCUCUACCUCUACCUUACCCUACUCGUAAACCUACCCAACCCUACCCUACCCUACCCUACCCCUACCUUACUCCUACCCUACCGCUAACGCUAACCCUUCCCUCCCCCCACCUUACCCUACCCUAACCCUACCCGUAACCUAUCCAUACCCUAUCCUACCCUACCCCUAAUCUACCCCUACCCUACCCCUACCUUACUCCUACCCUACCGCUAACCCUAACCCUUCCCUACCCCUACCUUAUCCCUACCCUAACCCUACCCUACCCGUACCCUACCCCUACCCUACCCUACCCCUAUCCUACUCCUCCCCUACCCUAGACUUUCCAUAUCCUUCCCCUACCUCUACCUUGCCCCUACCCUACACUACCCCUACCUUAUCCGUACCCUACCCUACCCUACCCUACACUUUCCCUAAAUUACCCCUACCCUACCUCUAUCCUACCCCUUCCCUACCUCUAUCCUAUCCCUACCCUCAGCAAAAUUGGUCCAGCCUUUUGUGCGUGGUGCAAUGACCAAAAGACUAUAAUUUCCCAAGCGACUUCUAUGCUAAUACUAUAAAGAGGUAAAGUUUGUGUGGUUGUCGGGGGUAAUCUCUGGAUCUACUGGACCGAUUUGGAAAAUUCUUUUACCAAUAGAAAGCUACAUUAUUUGCGAGUGUCAUAGGCUAUGUUUGGUCCUCAUAUUCAUACGGGAACGGGAACCACGUAAUUGAAACCGCGGGGCGUCAUAUAGCGGCAUUUCUGCGACUUUCAGAAAUUUUGUAUUAUCUCCGAAACUAUAUAACUAAUUAGCAUACUGUAAAGGGCAAAUCUUAUCUCUAUAAUAUCCUUGUGAUUAUUAAAUAAUUUAUUUUGAUAAGGAUUUAAGUUUAGUUGUGUAAAUAAUGACGUAAACCUUAGUUUAAAAUUUAAAUAAUUUAUUAAAGUACUAAAGGUACUAUAUCUGCUAAAAUAUAAAAGAUAGAUAUAUGGUGUCGCGGACUUUUUUGUAGAACUUUUAAAGGUUCAAAAAGCCUCCAUACAUUUAUUUCAGUUAUACGCAAUGGUUGAGGCAGCGCAUGCGAAAAAGUAAGUUUUUCGGUCUGACCUGUAAGAGAAAACCCGCGAUAUCUCAGUAGUUAUAUACGAAAGAAAUAUAAAAUAUAGCCUAUAGCACUCCCCGAUAACGUAGCAUUCUACUGGUGAAAGAAUUUUUAAAAUCGGUCCAGUAGUUCCGAAGAUUACCCCAUUUCAAAAAAUUGUUACAAACUUACAAACUUACAAACUUACAAACUUACAAACUUUACCUCUUUAUAAUAUUAGUAUAGAUUUCAUAGAACAAAAAAUAUUUAGAUACAUUCAAUGUUAGCAGUUAUCCUAUUAAAAGUCGUUUUAUAGCGUCGUAGCUAUAAAAUAAUAAUAUGUAAUAUAUUGCCAUAUAACGUCUUGCGUUUAUAAGUGAACUUAAUAGUCUUUCGUAGCAAAUACUGAUUGCAUAAAUUCAGAAAUACAGGUUAUUUUUA